AGUCGAAAAGGUCUUGUUAUCAGAUUUUCACUUUUAAUUAAUUUAAACUUUUGUCAUAAUUUGAAUGUUAUGAUUUUCGAAUGAUAUUUAUAGUUGUUUAUUGCAUAUGCAAGAUAUAGUAUGAAAUUCAGAAUAAUGGAGUAAAGACUAUGAGGUGUAUAUGAUAAUCCAAUUCUCACAAAUAUACAAUAAUGGACUAAGCGUUUGAAGUUUCCACUGUUAAAGAUAUACUGAUAUUCUGAGCUAUUCAAUUUAAAUACAGAAGAUAUAUAUUCUCUAUGUAGUGUAUAAAGUACACAAUAAAUGAGAAUACACAUGUAACUAUAUAGCUUGAACAUAGUCUCAGAAAGAGAGAAAGAGAGAUUUCUCAUACUGACAGAAUAAUUCCUACAUCCUGCCAUUGUAAACUUUGCUCUACUUUAAUUAAGGUGAUUAAGGCAAAAAUGUCGAAGAAACCAGGAGCCACUCAAGCAAUGCAUAAGGUCAUAAUGGUUGGCAGUGGUGGUGUUGGAAAGUCAGCUCUCACACUGCAGUUUAUGUAUGAUGAGUUUGUUGAAGAUUACGAACCUACAAAAGCAGAUUCCUACAGAAAAAAAGUUGUAUUAGAUGGAGAAGAAGUACAAAUAGAUAUCCUAGAUACUGCAGGACAAGAAGAUUACGCAGCAAUUCGAGACAAUUACUUUCGCAGUGGGGAAGGAUUUCUUUGUGUAUUUUCGAUAACAGAAGAUGAUAGCUUCCAGGCUACACAAGAAUUCAGAGAACAAAUUCUCAGGGUAAAAAAUGAUGAAAACAUUCCAUUCUUAUUAGUGGGUAAUAAGAGUGAUUUACAAGAGAAAAGGAAGGUUAGUCUAGCGGAAGCUCAAACAAGGUCUCAGCAAUGGGGUGUUCCUUAUGUAGAAACAAGCGCUAAAACAAAAGAAAAUGUAGACAAGGUAUUUUUCGACUUGAUGCGUGAAAUAAGGUCACGCAAGAUUGAGGAUAAGUCGGCGAGCAAUGGUCGAGGUAAAGACCGUGCCAAGAGGAAGAAAAAGAAGUGCAUUAUUCUAUAGGUGUUCUUUGAUUUAAUGCGGGCGAUAGCUGCUCGCAAAGCACAGGAAAACCAGGGAGAUGGGAGUGAACGUAAGAAGAAAACAAACUGCUGCGUCUUGCUAUAACAAACAUAAAACAAUAUAUAGCUCGUGUUACGGAAGAAGGUUCGACUCCUAUAAUCGAAAGCUAAGCGCGUAAGGAAAGAGAAUUGUAUUUAUACGAAAAAUGAAAGUUUUCCGUGACACUUUACAGUGGGUUGACACUUUUAAUUUGUUCUGCCUUCUGUAUUACGUACAGAAAGAAUAUACUCGAACAUAAGAUACAUGCAAUUUAUGCUAAUAUAUUUAUAUAUACAUAUAUGUAUAUAAUAUAUUCACUAAUUUCAUAUAUUUAAAAUAUUCGGAAAACAUCUGUUUUUUCUAUAUGAUAUUGUUAAAACAUUUCGAUAAUAAUAUAUUAUUAUUAUCUUGACAUUAUAUUACUAUAUAAUACAUUCCUGUUAUUUGUAACUUGAGUUAAAAAAGAAAAAGAAUUUAACAUCCAUAAUGCCAAAUUAAAUGCGAGAUUGCUUGCAUACUUGUCCUCAGAGUGCUGAAAUAUGGAUAAUAUUAAUAUAUUUGAAGUAAUUUAAAAUAUUACGAAAUUUGCGAAUAUUGUUUCGUUUUUCUAAUACAUUAUUUACAUAAUGAUGUAAUUACAUUCGUUGAAAUAAAAUAAUUGUAUUCUCAGUUGACCUCUUUGCGCUACUUAUUUGCAACCUUCGAUGAUUUCAGCACUCUUUCUUCUACUCUCUAUUAAGAAUUAUAAAAAAAAUUAAGGAAGAUAUAUAUAGAUAUAAUAAAAUGUUCUUAAUCUUCUGUUUCAUUCUGUUAAUAUCACGUGAGUUAUGUUGAAAUAAAGUAGUAACACACUGUAAAGUCACUGAAAACUAUUAUCAUUUUUAUUAAUUAAUAUUUGUUUAUAUGUGGCGUUUCAUAUAUAGUUUUAAUAUAUAACUAAGUUUUAUUUGAUAUAGUUAUUUUCGUUACACAGCCUUUUACAGUAUAUUGAUAGUUUGACAUCUCAAACGUGUGAGUGAAUUUUGUAGUAACUCCAGUUGUAACACAUUGAUAGUUAUUGAUAUAAUCUUUUAUAUUAUGUUGUUAGAUUUUAUUACGCGAAAAGAUGUUCGCGUUUUGCACACACGAAUACACACACAUAUAUGUACACAUAUAUAAAGUUUCCAUUUUUAAAUGUAAAUGCAGAAGAAAGAAGGAUUUAACAAAAAAAAAACUUGACCUUUUACGACCUGGAAAGCCUUCUUUGCAACAACGUCUAGCACUCGUCGUUACUCGCACAUCAGAAAUAUUUAAUCAUGAUGUAACAAUAAAAGUCUAACAUUUUUGUCUAACAUAGUAGACUGUAAUUAGAGACUGAUUGCAUAAUUAAGUCGCGCUCAUCCAAAAAAAAAGUUUCUACCUCUAUGAGGUGCAUUUAUGCAUUUAUAUAAAGUAACCAAAUUGUAAUACAUUAAUAGAGCUUUUGGAUAAUGAACGAAGUACAGGUGUUAUAGAAAUGGCUAAGCUCACAAAAUGCAUAUGUUUAUAAUAGCUUUCUUAUAGGAGAGGCGAUAUCUGCGUAUUUAAUUUUGAUACUUUUGUACUGUUGACAUUGAUUGUGCCUUUUCAAUGUUCACUGUUGAUGUAACGAGGUCUCAAUCAAACAAUUAAGAUUCUUUAGUGGAGUUUUACGACAGCAUUUAGAUUCAGGCGUAUUACAUAUACCACAUAUACUAUUAUCCACACCACUAUAUAGAUUUUUGCAAUUCUAUAUGUUUGAUCUGCUAUUUUGUCAUAAAUUAAAAGCCUUUUUAUGUAAUA